CCUGACACGUGACGGAUCACAUGACCAUGACGUCAUGGCAGCUCCUUUCCCCCAGGUCUAGCAUGUUUGUGUGUCGAGGGAUCCUGGCACCCACCUGUGUACUGCACACUGCCCGAGCUCUGAGCCGCACCACUGGAAGUGACAUCAUGGACCUGGCAACCAUGCGGAAGAGUUACCGGAGCGACAAGGAGGCAUUUGAAGAAUGUCAUCUAGCUUCCCUUGAUCCCAUUACUCAGUUCAAUGCAUGGUUCCAGGAGGUAUUGCAAUGCCCUUCCAUUGCAGAGCCUAAUGCUAUGUGUCUAGCCACCGCUACCAGGGACGGGAAACCCUCUGCACGUAUGGUUCUCCUCAAAGGCUUUGGUUCGGAUGGGUUCCGAUUCUACACUAACCGGGAGAGCAGAAAAGGGAAAGAGCUGGAAUCUAACCCAUUUGCUUCGCUGCUGUUUUUCUGGGAGCCCCUGAAUCGCCAGGUGCGGAUAGAGGGUCCUGUGGAAAGACUUUCAGAAGAAGUAUCUGAUUAUUAUUUCCACUCCCGUCCAAAAGGCAGCCAGAUUGGGGCUGCGGUCAGCAAACAGAGCCAAGUGAUUCCAGACCGCGAGUAUUUGCGUAAGAAGAAUGCGGAACUAGAAGAAGAAUACAAAGACAAAGAGGUCCCCAAGCCACCUGAAUGGGGUGGUUACAUUGUGCAUCCUUCUGUGAUUGAGUUCUGGCAAGGACAGACAAACCGUCUACAUGACCGAAUCGUAUUCCGUCGAGCAAAGGGAGAAGACACGGGUCCUUACACCCAUCUUGGUGAGGGUGGUUGGGUGUAUGAGCGGCUUGCCCCUUGAGGUAUCAUCAUUCCCAGAUUUUGAAGGAUCAAAGCACAUUGAUGUUCUCCAGCCCCUGAUGAAGAAGCUACCUCCAAUAAUCCAGUAUUUGAUUCUGCCAAAUUACCCACUCACAAAAUGUUGUAGAUAAUUGAGUGCAAUCUGUGUCUUGUGAGCUGUUAAGCUCUUAUCCUAUCUUUUAGGAUAUUGCUUUCAUGUUGUGACUAAUUUGUGCAUGAGGUGACGGAUAAAUGAGUCCUGCAGAGCA